AAAGAAACCUCGAAGACUCGACCACACUGCACAACCCGCGACACAAACUGCACAAGCUGCGACACAUACUGCACAAUGGAGUCGCGACGGAUAGUGCAGCGUCAGCUGGAUGCGCAGCUCGGUCAGUGCAGCCAUCCUUGUCUGACUGCGCGGCGCCUCCCAGCGCCCGCGCGACGAUCAUCGACGCCGCCCUCGACUCAGCGCCAAACAAAAGGCGCGCUGCGUCGCCGAGGCUUGCACAGAGGUACACGUCGCAAGACCGUUACCACCACUGUGCUGCUUAUGCUCGCUGCCCUCGCGUUGGGUGCAGUAUGCGCUCGGCUUUGGGCCUUCUUCACCCCUCCUGAUCUGCAUCUGCAACACCUAGAGCAGUGUCUCGUUGCAUCGACAGUCGCCGCCGAGGAACACCAACCUUCCUCCGACACUCAUCUGAUCCCAGUCGGCCUUGCUUUGCCUCUCAGCGCCAUGGCCAAUACCAUUGAGAGACACACUCGCGUAGGCCUGGGCUCACCAUUGCCCAUGGCAUGGCCAGUGCAGUUGACGGAUCACGAAAUCUCUGCCGACAACCUUCGACAUCGACACCUGGUCGCCACCAGCAAGCAGCUCCACUCUGCUCGACAAGCCGUUUUCGACAGCCCUCUCUGGGCCGACUAUUGGCGUUCGCUCCACAACUCCCAUCUCUUCCUCGUCAAAGCCACGCUGAAGCUGCUGCUGGCCCAGGACUAUGCAUCGACGUCACAUCCGAUCUGGCAACGAGUGCAGUGUGCAUUCGCUGACUGUCCUGGGUAUGAUCUUGCCACAGACCCUUUCACAGCAUCGAUGUUUCUUUGGAACAUUUCCAGCCGAAUCACACUGUCGUGCGCCUCGCACCACGACAUUGCUUCGCCCGUGUUCAAUUCCACGCAACUCUUCCAGACCGCUCGACAGGUGAAGAAAGCCAUUCUCUCCGACAUCGACUUCAUCAGCAAGUCCGAAGCGCGUCGCCUCUCGCGGUAUGCUGAUGUCUCGCAACCUGGCUUGGUUUCUCCGCCUCCCAAACCGCCACGCUGGCUGCCUGUGCCGGCAUCUCGAACGAGGCGUAGCAUACUCCUCGCGCAGCCGAAAUUGGUCUAUGGUGUGAGCGUUCCAAGCGCGGCCAAUGCGAGAAGGAUGAAUGCUCUGAUGUCCGCGUGGGCCGAGGCCGAAUGGGCAGAGUUGCUUGCCGGAACUCUGCAAGCCAUCCAGCGACAGCUGGUCCACGAAUGUCAAGGGCCAAUGAACCGAGUCCACGACAACCAUGCUCGAAUCCAAACCAGCAACGUCCAGCAAGAAGAACACGACAGUCACGGCAGAAGAAGCCGUGCCGGUGCGGCUGGCAUCUUGCUCGGCUGGGCAGAGGACCUGCUCGGACUGGGACGAAGUCGAACAGCAGACCACGAAGACAAAUCGGAGCCAAUGGACGACACCAAACCCCAUGGCAAAGACCAACACACCAAUCUCCGCACAUUCAACCUCUUUGACGGCCACCGCUCCCGCCCCUCGCGAAACAUCCUCGACACAAUCUGGCGAAACACCCUCAAACGCAGCUUCAGGCUCUGGAAGGACCAAAAAAGCGCGCCUCCUCCAUCUCGACGUUCUCAGGAAAGCGCGUGGCAUGCCUGUCUCUUCCCCCACAACCUCACUGACCCAACCUCGCCAAACCACAAACACAAAGCCGCUCUCCUCGCUUCUCGCGCCGUCUACGCAUAUUGGCAUGCGGGCGCGGCGCCAGAAUGGCUGACGAAGCUGAAGCCACCUGGUGACAACACCAUCCCGGACGAACCUUCUCCUUUAGACCUCGAGAGCUCAGACGAAGUGGACGAGAAUUCUUCUGGUGUGGAAUGGCUCCUGGGGGAACGUCAGACUUUGACGCGCGCUGUGAAAUGGAAGAGUGAGGAUCGUAUCUGCAUGGGUUGGGCUGGCCUGUAUCUUGUCAAUGGGCGGGAGUGCGAUAAGCAGUUCAGAGGUGAGGGCCGGUGGGGUGGUGUUGAUUUGGAUGCGGGGAUUUUGUAGGAGGGGAUGGACAAGACGGAGAGAGGAUAGGGCAAGGAGGAUAGGCAAAGCAGGAUUGGGAAAGGAGGACAGGGAAAGGAGAGAAAAAAAUGUACGAAUAGAACCUCUUGUCGCAUCGGCCAUUCUUCAACGCUGGAUUCCAUAGUUUGCAGUGAAUCCGAUGACUGAUUUUC